CGUGAGUGGGGUUUGAGGAUCUCACACACUCAGCAUCCAAACUGUCAUAAGCAAUAGAGUGAAAAAGGAAAUCCAUCGCAGCGUUAAAGACGAAUUCUCACACCCCAAUUAUCUCAACUGCUUGUUGCUAAUCGCGGUGAAAUCGCUUGCCGGGUUAUGCGUACCUGUCGUCGUCUUGGUAUCGCGACAGUGGCCGUAUAUUCGGACAGUGAUGAAUAUGCACCCUUCGUAAGGCUUGCCGAUGAAGCGUAUCAUAUUGGACCGUCGGUAGCGGCGCAGUCGUACCUGGAUGGCGAAAAACUUAUUGCCGUCGCCCUACGGUCGGGCGCCGACGCUUUGCAUCCUGGAUACGGAUUCUUAUCCGAGAAUGCCGAUUUCGCACAACGCGUGAUUGAUCAAGGCAUCAACUUUAUCGGCCCUACCCCGGAAUCCAUUCGUGCCAUUGGCGAUAAAAUCGCUGCCAAAGUAUUUAUCAAGGCUCAUGCACCAUCCAUCCCACUGAUCCCCGGCUACAACGGUGAAGAUCAGAGCGUCGACACAUUGGAGCGAGAAGCGAACCGCAUUGAGUUUCCCGUGCUUUUAAAGGCCUCCGCUGGUGGAGGUGGCAAAGGCAUGCGUACCGUGUAUGAUCCAAGUAAACUACGCGAUGAGAUUGAAGCGGCCAAAGGCGAAUCACUUCGUGCCUUUGGCUCCGAUAAACUCUUGAUUGAAAAAUAUUUUGAAAGCAUCCGUCACGUAGAGAUUCAAAUUUUUGGCGAUGUGCACGGCAACGUUUACCACAUCAAUGAGCGCGAUUGUUCUAUUCAACGUAGACAUCAGAAAGUGGUCGAGGAAACGCCUUCACCUGCUGUGGAUGAGCCACUAAGGAAAGCCAUGACAUCGGCCGCCGUCGAAUUAGGUCGCAAGCUCGGUUAUCGAGGAGCGGGAACAGCCGAAUUUAUCUUGGAUGAAAGAACCAGAAAGUUUUACUUUCUUGAACUCAAUACACGAUUGCAAGUGGAGCACCCUAUUACUGAGGCUAUUUCCGGCCUGGAUCUCGUGGAACUGCAAAUUCUUGUGGCUCAAGGAGUCAACUUGAAAGAACUCGGUGUACUGGAGAACUUGACCUUCAGGGGUCAUGCUAUCGAGGUUCGAUUGUGUGCCGAGGAUCCUGACAACGACUUUGCUCCACGCACCGGCACCAUCUACAAAUGGAGCCCAGCCAAUGCCACUCAUUCGAUGGCAGGAGUUCGUUAUGAUACUGGCGUAGAAGAUGGCUCCGAGAUUUCUGUAUUUUACGACUCGAUGAUUGCCAAAGUCAUUGUUCAUGCACCCACACGUCGUGAGGCGGUGCAACUGAUGGCCUCGGUGUUGGCUCGUACGGUCAUUUUAGGUCUUACCACGAACCAGAAAUUCCUUAUCAGCAUCAUGAACAAUCCGCGAUUCCAAUCGGGCACUUUUGACACCAAUUUUAUCAAUAUGGAAAAAGAGCGCUUAUUCCACCCAUUGCGUCUUGAGGAAGUCCAGGACAAAGUGAUCGCCGCCAUGCUAUUUGAUUGGUCGAUUCGCAAAUCGCAGCAAGUCCAUUUGCGCAAUAUCGCUCCCAACUGGCGCAACGUCAAAUGGAAACCGGCUCAUACUCGGUUCCUUGUGAACCAUACUGACGAAGUGGAAAUUAAAUACGAUCAUCAUCUGCAAGUCAACCGCGACACACGCAAGCAUGCAUUUCAGUGUGGUGUCACGCUAUUUAACAAGGAUGCUACCUCUGAAGCCGACUUGCCGCUGUCGGCUGUCCUUUACGACACCGAUUUCGGAAAAGAAACGCCUGGCCCCAAGGGUAUCAUGGGCUGCAAGGGCCUGCUUCGCUGCAGCAUCAAUGGCCAUCAGAAACUGUUUUAUCUUGCUGAACAGGUGCACGAUGUGAACGAAAAGUCCAUUUUUGUCCAUGAUUUUAUCAAAGGAUACCAAAUCGAAUUUCUCAAGCAGGACCGAUUAAAGAGCGCCUCUGCUCAAACAGAAGAUGACCGAGUGACGCCUUACACUUCUUCGAUGCCAUGCCGCAUUCUCAAGAUUCUGGCUCCCAGUGGCACGGUGGUCCAAAAGAACACACCGUUGUUGUCUAUUGAAUCCAUGAAAACGGAAGUCAAGAUCCUGAGUCGCCACGAUGGCGUGGUAACUAUGAGAGUCGAAGAGAACCAGUUAGUGGAUGCCAGAGUUUUGUUAUGCCAAGUAGAUGACGAGAAAAAAUAAAAAAAAAAACCAUCUAUUGCUUUUGCGUUUCCUCAAUAUAAGACAGUGGUCGGCCAACGGUUAAAUUAAAU